UUACUACUAGCACAAUUCAACCAUCAUCUUCCGAGUUAAAACACCUUUUCUCAUUCCUACUCACUACAUAAAUUAGCUCUUAUUGUUGAUAUGGCUUCCAAAAAUCAGGCCUCCAUUACCCUUUUCUUAUCAUUGAAUCUCCUCUUCUUGGCUCUUGUAACUGGAACCAAUAAUUGUAGCACUUGCGGAAAUGGUGGUGGCUCUGGAAACGGUGGUGGCUCGGGCAACGGUGGUGGUUCGGGCAACGGCGGUGGCUCAGGCAAUCGUGGUGGUGGUUCGGGCAAUGGUGGUGGUGGACAAGGAAGGUGUCCAAGAGAUGCUUUGAAACUUGGGGUAUGUGCUAAUUUACUUAAUUUGGUGAAUGUAGUGGUGGGGUCUCCUCCAACUUUGCCAUGCUGCAGUUUAAUUGCAGGGCUAGCAGAUCUAGAGGCAGCAGUUUGCUUGUGCACUGCCAUAAGAGCAAAUGUGCUGGGAAUAAAUUUGAAUGUGCCACUGUCACUCAGCCUAGUUCUCAACAACUGUGGAAGGAAUCCUCCUACUGGUUUCACUUGUUGAUCAGUAACUUCUAUCUGCUAAGUGACUGAUAUCUACUUAGUAGCUUCUAUCGAAUUUCUAUCUUGUUAGUUUGAUCAUAAUAUGCUUGCCAAUGGCUAGCUAGGCGUCAAUUAAUUUGAAUUUGUGUUUUUGGAAAUUUUGUUGUGCUUAGAAUAAGUGAGCUUUGCAUGUGCUGCUUCAUCACUUGAGUUUACAUAGUUCGGUCAUGUGGUCAACAGUCUUUAAGUGUGUCCGUUUUUGGACGUGUAUCCUUUAGAAACGUGUCCACUCAAUGAAUCGAAUGUUUUUUCUUCUCUU